UUUCCUAGAAGCGACUACGGGGAAGUGUUGCUCGAAUUGUGAGUGAAUUUAAACAGUGCCACCGCCGCCGGAAGCUUGAUCACCAACCGCCGCAACAUGCCAGCCAACGGAGUGUGCAAUGUCGGGUUGUUGGAGGUGAACAAAGAGACGGCCACCUACGCCAGCGGAUCGGAUAGUGCCGGCGUGUCGGAGGACGAGGACAUCCAACUGUUUGUGAACGGGGCCCACGGUGUAACCGGAGUGCUGGGGAGAAAGCCGGAGUCGCGCACCAAACCGUCGUCGGACGAGGUUAUGGACAAGCGGUACGCCAGCCUGCCGAACCGGGAACAGCACCAGCAGUUUCUGACCGCGUUUCUUACGGAGGUGCUCAAUUCGGCCGUCUUCAAUGGGACGGACCGCGCGAACAAAGUGCUGAACUGGGUCGAUCCGGAGGAGCUGAGCAGAACCCUCGAUCUGGCACUCAAGGACGAACCGGAUACGCACGAGCGGUUGCUGGACCUGACGCGUGCCACCAUCCGGCACUCGGUCAAGACCGGACAUCCGUACUUCAUGAAUCAACUGUUUUCGUCGGUCGAUCCGUACGGAUUUGCGGGUCAGGUGCUUACCGAUGCCCUCAAUCCGAGCGUCUACACGUUUGAGGUUUCGCCCGUGUUCGUGCUGAUGGAGGAGGUGGUCCUGCGAGAGAUGCGCACCAUCGUGGGCUACCCGGGUGGCGUUGGGGACGGAAUUUUCGCUCCCGGCGGUUCGAUGGCCAACGGGUACGCCAUUAGUUGCGCGCGCCACAAAUUCAUGCCCGACAUUAAGACCAAAGGAUUGCAUGCACUUCCUCGUCUAGUGAUCUUCACGUCCGAGGAUGCACAUUAUUCAAUCAAGAAGCUCGCCUCGUUCAUGGGCAUCGGCUCGGACAAUGUGUACGCCAUCAAAACGGACGCGGUUGGCAAAAUGCGUACGGAACAUUUAGAAAGUGAAAUCUUGCGCGCCAAAGCGGAAGGGGCUUUGCCUUUCAUGGUGUCGGCCACGGCGGGGACUACCGUAAUUGGAGCAUUCGACCCGCUGGACCAGAUUGCUGAUCUGUGUGCGAAGCACAAUCUCUGGAUGCACGUGGAUGCGGCGUGGGGUGGUGGUGCGCUGAUGUCCAAGAAGUACCGCACGCUUCUGAAAGGCAUCGACAGGUCCGAUUCGGUCACGUGGAAUCCACACAAGUUGCUGGCUGCUCCGCAGCAAUGCUCAACGCUGCUGACUCGCCAUGCGAACCUACUGUCCGAGUGUCAUUCGACGAACGCGGCGUAUCUCUUCCAAAAAGAUAAGUUCUACGACACGCGAUACGAUACUGGCGACAAGCACAUCCAGUGCGGCCGGCGGGCCGACGUGCUCAAGUUUUGGUUCAUGUGGCGCGCCAAGGGAACGAGUGGUUUCGAGCAGCACAUCGACAAAGUUUUUGAGAAUGCUGAACACUUUACCAAUAGUAUUAAGGCGCGGCCGGGCUUCGAGAUGGUGAUCGAAAAUCCGGAGUGCACCAACGUUUGCUUCUGGUACAUACCGCCUGGCAUGCGAGAUGUCCCGCGUGAUUCGGCCGAUUUCCGAGAGCGGCUGCACAGGGUCGCUCCGAAGGUAAAGGAGCGCAUGAUGAAGGAAGGCUCGAUGAUGAUCACCUACCAGCCGAUCCACGACAAGCCGAACUUCUUCCGGCUCGUGCUGCAGAACUCUUCGCUGGACAAGUCGGACAUGAACUACAUUAUCGAUGAAAUCGAACGGUUGGGAAAGGAUUUGUAAAAAUGGCUCGGUGCUGUUGCCUGUUGAUUAAAUUAUUCUCUUGCCCUAUCGCGUACAGCUGUAUUUAUUAAAAGCAUUCGUUACUAGCUGCUAGGGAGAUGAAAAGAAUCAAUUUUGUAUAAAAAGGAAUGAUAAAAGUGAUUUAAAUUUGAACUAUUUGAGGGAUGAAUAGUUAGAGGCUUGAUAAUCUUUGAGGAAUGGAUGAAAGGCUAUUGAAAAGUAGUGUAUAAGA